CAGAUUGUUACAGGCAGAAGUGCCGCUGACAUCUGAAUCCUGGAACUUGCUUUCAAGAGCUUGAAACAAAGGACUUCUUUCUAAUUUGGGCAUGGCCAAUCGAGGAGCAACAAGACCCAAUGGGCCAAAUGCUGGAAGUAAAAUUUGCCAGUUCAAACUAGUACUUUUAGGAGAGUCUGCAGUUGGCAAAUCAAGUUUGGUGCUUCGCUUUGUAAAAGGACAGUUUCAUGAGUUUCAAGAAAGUACGAUCGGAGCUGCUUUUCUAACCCAGACUGUAUGUCUCGACGAUACAACAGUAAAAUUUGAAAUUUGGGAUACAGCUGGGCAAGAGCGGUACCACAGUUUAGCACCCAUGUACUACAGAGGAGCACAAGCAGCUAUAGUGGUAUACGACAUUACAAAUGAGGAGUCCUUUGCCAGAGCGAAAAAUUGGGUCAAAGAACUUCAGCGACAAGCAAGUCCCAACAUUGUAAUAGCUUUAGCUGGAAACAAAGCGGAUCUAGCUAACAAAAGAGCUGUGGAUUUCCAGGAAGCACAAGCUUAUGCAGAUGACAACAGCUUAUUGUUCAUGGAGACGUCUGCCAAAACAUCUAUGAAUGUAAAUGAAAUAUUCAUGGCAAUUGCAAAAAAAUUGCCCAAGAAUGAACCACAGAAUGCAGGAGCCAGCUCUGCCAGAGGAAGAGGAGUAGACCUUACUGAACCCACACAACCACCCAAGAGUCAAUGUUGUAGUAACUAAAACAUCAAUUGCUUCAAACUGUUCUGAAUAUUCUUCUGCUUCCUAACUGUUAAUAACCAUGGAAUUGGAGUGCUUAACCUGGCCCAGCACAGCUUCCAAACACCGGAGAGACUUAUGAUAAUAGUCAAGUUCAUGAUACAGAGUUUACUUUUGACCUAAAAUUUUAACAUGCAUGUAUCCACCACUGGCUGUAAUGUUUCAGCAAUAGAGGAGAGAUGGAAGCGGAAUAAACUUCCUCCAGUUGAAAGGUUUUGAAAAUCACUUUCCAUUAGGGGUGUAGAAGAACUACUUUCUGUGGACCUAAUUGGCCAGUUCCUGUAGCCUCAAUACUGAUUGCUCUUAUAAUAAAUAGAAUUGGGACUUUUUGUAAUUCUCAGUUGUGCUUUAAAACCUUUUUAGAAACAUGGUCUAAAAAUUACUUAAACUUAUUCACAGUAUUGACGCAACCAAUUGUUUCUGCAGGUAUCCAUUGUUUAGUUAUACAUUCCAUAGUUUAAUAAUAUAAUUACAAAUAAUACUUGCAUUAACAAUUUUAAGAACCCUAUGCUUGCAGGAAAGUGGAGUUUUAGUUGUUACACUGUGUAUGUAAAUUAUAUCAACCCAGUUACUUAGCUAAAUGAAUUAGUGAUAAAUCAAGUUUUAACUUAAUUUCUGAUCUGUCCAGAGGGUACAGACCAGUUAAUUCAACUUCAUAGAAUCA